ACAACCAUUGAUUAAUUAUUGCACAUAAUUAAACAAGAAAUAGAAAAUAAUCAACGGUUCAGAUUUGGGAUGCAAGGAAGAUCGUGCUGCAGCGGCAAGAGAGGAUCGAAAAAGUUGGAGUGAGGUUUUUCAUUUUUGUGUUCACUCGAGAAGCAGAAGCAGAAGCAGAAGUAGAAGCCCGUGUUGAGUUCCAUUUUCCACUGCACAAACAAAGCACAACGCACAACGCACAACGCACACACGCGCCAUAGUCAUGGUUCUGCCAGAGUCGCUGUUCUUUAGCGCUCCGUCACUGUCACUAUCACUGUAACUGACAUAUAAAAAGCACUUUUCCUCUCUUCUCAAAUCUUCCAUUUCAUGGCUAUUCUACCUCCUGCUUCUUCAUUUCCCUCGUCUUCUGAGGGGAUAUGUUGCUCUACUUAUGGAAUAACAAGCAAUUCAAUCAAACUUCCUAUUGAUGGCCGAAGGUGGCAUGAUCUUGCCAGCACAAGGUGCAAAAGUCCAUUUUUUGGAUCACCACACCUCCUUUGGCUAUCCACAGGGCAUGAUCUGUGCCUUUCAAAGGUUAAUGUUGCUGCAGACUAUUCAGAUUCUAUACCCGAUUCUUCGGAUCAAAUGGAUGAACAAGGUUAUCAUCCUCUUGAAGAACUGAAAGGUUCCAACGAUAUUCAGCCAGCUAGACUCUCUCCUGCCGAAAUAGCAAAAACAACUGUAGAGGCUAAUAAAAGCGCUUUGCUAGUAUUUCCUGGAAUGGUACACUGUGAACCACAUGACCAGAUUUCAUGGGCUGAGUUUCAAUAUCAUAUUGAUGAUGUUGGAGAUAUAUAUUUUGAAAUCUCUGAUGAUGCAAACCUUUUGGCGGAUUGUGGAGCUAACAAUCCUGUGGUAGUAAAAAUUUUAAGAACCCCCAAAUGCUUUGCUUCUGGGAAUCAUGUGAUGGGUCUUUCUGUCAAACCUCUGUGCACAAUAUUUCUGAAUGCUUUGAUUGGAAUGGACAUCCCAAUAUAUGAUAAUAAUAGAAGGACUGCUAGUGAAUAUGACAUUUUCAAUAAUGGCAGCGAUGAUGAAUUCAAAUUUGAUGAUGAUGAUAUUGAGGUUUCAGAAAUGGAGGAGUUUAAUAUUCCAGUGAAUUGGGGACAGUCUGAUACUACAAAGUCUGUUCAUCCAAUUUAUUUCUCGAAGUGCUUAGCAAAGGCCAUCAACAACAUGGAAUAUGUUAAAAGAAUGAACCAUCCUUCAAAUGGUGUUUCUAUAAUAGGGUUCCUUAGACCCGUUUAUGGUGAAGAAAAGUCAUAUCUAAGAUGGAUGUAUCACACUGAAGAUGGCGAUGUAUACAUCUCAGACUGGAGAGAUUUUUACUCAAAUAGUGAUGAUGAUGAUGAAAGAGACACUAAUUUGACACUAUAUCGAUUGGAGAUCCUGUCAAUCGAGCUCCACUCCAUGUAUGGAUAUCAGUCUGAAAUUAGUGUGCUAGACUUUCAAGAUGCUGAACCUGAUAUUCUUGCACAUUCUUCUUCGGAAAUUCUGGAACGCUUCAAUCAAUUCUGCGAUGAUGAAAUUAAAGCACUUUGCAAGAAGAAAGGUCUUUAUGGCGAGGGAGCUUACCUGGUUGGGGUUGACAGCCUUGGUGUGGAUGUUAGAGUUCUUUCAGGUGCAGAAGUAAAAACUCAUCGGUUUCCAUUCAAAGUCCAGGCCGCCAAUGCAAAUGCAGCUGAAAAACAGAUUUGGCAACUCUUGUUUCCUCGCUCUCGGCGAAAGAAGAAUAUGAAGAAGUGGUGGAGUGCCAGCAUGAUUUGAGUAUCCCUUGGUGAUUGGUCCUUCUUUUUUGACUUUGUCCUUUUCAAACUGCUGGUAGAGUCUGAUCUGGAGUAAUUGAUUUCUUCUUGUAUAAAUAGUUCUAUAAUCUGUACAUUUUUUCCGGGCAAAUCCUACACAGCAUUUUUUUGGUAAAUCAUCAGAGUUAAGGAAAAGAGGAGGUAGGGGUGUUGUCACUCCAGAAAGGAGUAUUGCUGGCUGCAAAAAUUAAGCCUAACCCUUCACCAGGUUUACUUGGUUGAUCCUUACCAGCUAAAUCAUUCCCCUGUUGGCCCUAUAAUUUUACUUAAAUUUGAAAGGGGUCAAUGGCGGUUAUCUUCUUUUUCCUCCUCUGACUUUCUUAUAGAUCAGAAGUAUUAAAAUGUUAGCUUUGUCUUUGCUGAAUAACAAGUGAUGCUGAGUGAUGGCAUUUAUGGAUAAAACUGUUUCCUCAAGAUAUUUCUCAACAUGAUUUUUUUAAUAUGCAA